CCGGCGGACAGGAGUCUGCCCUACGUGUGUGUGUCUAUGGGAGUCUGCCCUACGUGUGUGUGUCUAUGGGAGUCUGCUACACAGGGGAGCGUCCGGUUGUGUCGCUGCUCGUUUGCAAUCUAGUUUCCGGGCCUGAAGGACCAGCUUCCGCUUCUUAUGGGUUGUUUCCCGUCCCGUCGGGCCGAUGCAGGCCUGCUUCUGUGAGCACGACAGUAGGCUGGUGUUGACGGUAGGUAGUCCGCGCGCGUGACGCCGCGUGUGCAGGGUGAGGUGGCCUGCCUGCUGGACUUGCGGACUUGCGAGGUGUAGACAGGCUCCCGGCUCAGCUGGCGGCCUCUGACAUGAAGCCAGAAUACCGGGACCUCAUUCUGGAGGCGUGCGGCGCGUCCGCGCUGUGCGUAGGCGACAAAAUGCAGACCUUGUGGAGCGGCUACGGGGAAAUAGUCCGGGUCCACCUGCAGGGCGGCGGCCGGGCCUCGGUAGUGGUCAAGCACGUCAGGUUCCCAGAGGACUCCGCGAACCCCCGUUCCCACGGCCGUAAGGUGAGGUCGUAUCAGGUAGAGACACACUGGUACCAGAACUACUCCACCAACCAGGCCUGCCGGAUCCCUGCGUGUCUGGCCACCCGCCGCUUUGGAGACGAGAUGCUGAUGGUGCUGGAGGACCUGGACGCUGCCGGCUUUGAUCAGAGGAGGUCCAAUGUGAAUGAUGGAGAGAUGAGGGCAUGCCUCAGGUGGCUUGCCCACUUUCAUGCCCUCUUUUUGGGGGUGACACCAGAGGGACUAUGGCCUAUCGGUACCUACUGGCAUCUGGAGACACGGCCGGAUGAGCUGGAGGCCAUGGAUGAUGCAGAGCUCAAAGCAGCAGCUGCUGAGAUCGACAGGAUCCUCAAUGACUGCACCUUCAAGACCAUUGUGCACGGGGACGCCAAGUUAGCCAACUUUUGUUUUUCCAGAUGUGGACAGCAUGUGGCAGCUGUAGACUUUCAGUAUGUCGGAGGGGGCUGUGGGAUUAAAGAUAUCAUUUACUAUUUAGGAAGCUGCAUGGCGGAGAAGGAGUGUGAAGAGAUGGUACCGGGCUUACUGGACUACUAUUUCACUGAACUCAGGUCAUCUGUGAACAAAGAGGUGGACUUUGCGGCCCUGGAGGCAGAGUGGAGGGAGAUGUUUGUGUUUGCCUGGACAGACUUCCAUCGUUUCCUGCUGGGCUGGAUGCCUGGACACUGGAAGAUCAACAGCUACAGCAAAAAGCUGACGAGAGAGGUACUGCAAAAGCUGAAAAGGUGACUCCCAAAAAAUGUCGCCGAGAGGCAGCAGUUUGACCGGAAAGCUGCUAGUUUGAAUCCCGGAAGAGAUUGGAACACCGGGAGAGGAAAGAGAAUAAAGCAGACGCUUUCUUCCAUCAACCCUACCACAUUUGAGGUGUUGUUGAGCAAAGCAGUCUACCCCAAUUGACAGUUGGCAAAGUUCUUGAAAUACCACCUCCCUUCGUUACAUUUUCUCACUGAGCAGAUGCUUUUAUCCAAAGUGAGUGACAAGGGAUUCAGCAGUUCGAUGAUGUAUCGGUCAACACACAGGCACGAUAACCGUGUCAGGGCAUGUCGUGUCAGCUGCACGUACUGUAAGUAUGCCCCGUCUCUGGUUAAGUUACAGCUAAUAAAUGGAAAACCCACAGGCUACGUUGGCUCUGGAAUUUCUUACUGCUUUAUCGGGAAACACUGCAAGUUUGGUCCACCUGAAAGUGCCGUUCUCGUCAUUGUUAUGUCCUGGUGUGUAGACCAUGUACUGGAAGACCGUCGUUAGCGAGCUCCACUGCCUUCGGACCAACCGGCCACCGAAUGGAGGAGUAGCCCUUCAUACAUGUCGUUUUCUUAGUUUGACUUGGAGAGAUACUUGUGUGUGGCAGUAAUUUGAGGAAAUACUAGAAUGUGUUAAAUUCUUUAAAAUAUGUGAAUAUGCUUUUAUUUGACAGGAGGAAAUUCACAAGAAUGCAUCAUGGUUCACAAAUGUCACACAUUCAAAUAAAUACCUUUUCACAACAAAUACCGUUUUGUCUACACACCAAGGCUUGAUAUGGAAUGGUAUACAGAUUAGGAAAACUAACUCUGAAAGACAUCAUCGUUAUUAUUAUUAUUAUUAUUAUUCUGAAAACAAAAUAGUUUUAAACUCCAAUUUCUGAAGCAAACGUUUGUACAAAAAUGUGCAAAAGUCACAUGUGAUGAUAUAAAUGCAAGAUUUACGUUUUCACUGUUGUCAUGAAUGAAUGUUGUGUGGCGGCAGAAGAGCACAAGAAACACAUCCUGAAUGAGUCCACGUCCUCCCCUGCAACCAACACGACACUCAUCCCCCCAUCUAGAGCACAAGAAACACAUCCUGAAUGAGUCCACAUCCUCUCCUACAACCAACACGACACUCAUCCCCCCAUCUAGAGCACAAGAAACACAUCCUGAAUGAGUCCACGUCCUCUCCUACAACCAACACGACACUCAUCCCCCCAUCUAGAGCACAAGAAACACAUCCUGAAUGAG